AUGACCUCCAGGGACGACUCCAAAUGUCCAGCGGUGCGCAGUCCGCUGGACCAGCUGCCGCCGCCGGCCAACUCCAACAAGCCGCUGACGCCUUUCAGCAUCGAGGACAUCCUCAACAAGCCGUCGGUGAGGAGGAGCUACUCCCUGAGCGGUGCGGCGCGUCACGUCUCCCCGGUAGAGAAGCUCUCCAGCCGGGCGAUGCUCAGCCAGACCUCCCCGCUCUCCGCGCUGGAGGAGCUGGCCAGCAAGACCUUCAAGGGCCUGGAGGUCAGCGUGCUGCAGGCUGCCGAGGGCCGGGACGGUCUGACGCUCUUCGGCCAGAGGAACAACCCGAAGAAGCGGCGGAAGUCCCGGACGGCCUUCACCAACCACCAGAUCUACGAGCUGGAGAAGCGCUUCCUGUACCAGAAGUACCUGAGCCCGGCGGACCGGGACCAGAUCGCCCAGCAGCUCGGUCUGACCAACGCGCAGGUCAUCACCUGGUUCCAGAACCGGCGGGCCAAGCUCAAGCGGGACCUGGAGGAGAUGAAGGCGGAUGUGGAGUCCGCCAAGGUCACCGGCACCGUGGCCCUCGAGAAGCUCUCCAAGCUGGCCGAGCUGGAGAAGUGCGCGGCCGGAGGGAUGACCCCGGGGGCCUCGGUCUCCUCCCGGCCUCAGGGAGACACCACCGAGGGCCUCGACUGCAGCAGAGCACGGGUGUCGCCUCCAUCACCCGCAUCUUCGUGGUGCACAGACCGGCUGAGCAGCAAGUGUUGCUCGGAGGAUGAAGAUGAGGAGAUUGACGUGGAUGACUAA